AUGAGAACUUGUGAGGGACGUUUGGAGUUCAAAGAUGUUCAUUUCAAGUACCCAACAAGAGAGACCCCUAUACUGCAAGGCCUCAGCUGGGAAGCGGAACCAGGAGAGACCAUCGCGUUCGUGGGAAAAAGUGGAUGCGGAAAAAGCACUAGUAUAGGCCUCUUAACUAGACUGUAUGAUUGCGAAAAAGGAUCAGUUCUUCUCGAUGGCAAGGAAAUCCGAUCAGUCAAAAUCAGUGACUUGAGAAAGAUGAUCGGCAUCGUACAGCAGGAACCGUGCCUAUUUAACGGUACUGUUCGUGAAAACAUAGUACUCGGUCGGCCUAUCACCGACGAACAAGCUGAAGAGGCCGCUCGGAUAGCAAAUGCACACGACUUCAUCAUGAAGUUCGAUAAAGUGAGUGGUGGAGUAGCGCUUUCGGGAGGACAGAAACAAAGGCUUGCAAUCGCUCGAGCAGUGGCAGCUCAACCGAAGAUCCUUCUUUUGGAUGAAGCCACAAGUGCGUUAGAUUCCGAAAGUGAGAAGAUAGUGCAGCUUGCGCUAAAUCGGGCUUCACGUGGUCGUACUACUGUGGUAAUUGCCCAUCGAUUGAGCACCCUAAAAGAUGUUCAACGAAUCUACUUCAUUCAAGACGGCAAAGUCGCAGAAGUAGGUCAGUGA